ACUUGCGAAAUGAAAGUGUAAUUAAUUUCAUUGUUACAACACCCGAACCGUUAUUUGUCAAAUCAGUACUAACAAAAGCAGAGAAGCAUACCGCAGAAUAUAUAACAAAAUUAAUGGUUGAAGUUCUGGAGGAGUAUGGACCUAAAAAAUUUUUCGCUAUUGUGACUGAUAACGCAAAGAAUAUGAGGAAGGCUGUGAGACAAUGUGAAGAGAUGUAUCCCCAUCUUGUAUCAUACGGCUGUUUAGCGCACACAUUACAUUUAUUGUGCAGCGAUAUUUUGAAAUUAUCUUCAAUAGAGACACAUUUGUCACAUAUUAUACAUAUCGUUAAAACUAUUAACCAGUGUCAAGUACUGAGAGCUCAAUUCACAGAAAUAAGAAAUGAGAUGAAGUGUGGAGUGUCUCUUAGCCUACCUGUAAAAACAAGAUGGGGUUCACAUGUAAAAUGUCUUCAAGAUCUGACUAAAUGCAAGUCCGUCCUACAACGUCUAGCAAUAUCUCCAGAUAAAACAAUUCAAGAUAGAAUACGCAGCGCAAAAGCAAAUUUACUUGAUGAAGGAUUCUGGAUAAAUUCUAGCGCUCUUGUUGAAUUGCUUAAGCCAAUUACUGAAGCAAUAACACGUCUUGAAGGAGAUUCUUCGUCAAUUCAUUUGGUUUGUGAAACUUUCGCGAAAAUCGGUAGUAACAUAUCUACUCAUUUAGAAUGCGUGAAACUAACGGAUUGCGAAAAAACAGAAGCGAUGGAUAAAUUUAUAUCAAGGAAGGAAUACGCCCUUCAACCGAUCCAUUUUGCCGCAGACUUACUAAACCCUCGGUCUGUUGGUGCAAAUUUAUCAUCAGCCGAAAGGAUUGAAGCGAUGAAAUACAUUACUACUAUGUCAACCACGACCACGAUAGAGAUUGGUGAUGAAGGAGUGUCAAAGAUUACUGAGGAUUUAGGAAACUAUUUAGCUAAAACAGACUUUUUUGGCGAAACAUUUUUAUGGAACAUACUCGAUAAUGUCUCUUUGGUUACAUGGUGGAAAGGAUUUUGUGGACAUUCAUGCCUCUCCAAAGUUGCAGUCAGGAUAUUGACAAUGCCGUGCACUUCUGCGGCAACAGAGAGAAGCUUUAGCUCCCAGAGCAGCAUUCAUACGAAGAGAAGAAAUCGCCUAACAACUCAAAGGGCAGCAAAUUUAAAUUAUAUACAAUAUAAUUCAAAAUUGCUGAAACGUUCACGACAACAUCACAUACAAAGUCAAUAUCCUAUAGAAGAGACUGUACAGAACAACGUUUCGAUAGAAGGUAGAAACUUACAGAAGGAGAUAGAAGUAAUUGAAAACCAUAUUUCCGAAGAGGAAGAAUUAGACGAGGUAAUUUUAAAUUUAGGCAUUUUUUAGAUAUGUGAUAUGUGCAUGUGAUAUAUGCAGUUUGCUUCUUUUCCGAUUUUCCAAUGCAUUCCACCGUUUUCGAAUAAAAAAUUAUAAAUCUUAUGUUUUCAGACAAUAUCAUCAUGGCAUUCAAAUACAACAGGAAAUGGAAAUUCCGACGAUGAUUUUAAUUUUGCUGACUUUGCAAUGACCGAUGAUGAAAUUGAUCAAAGAAUGGAAACUAGGGAACAGAGACCAGCACGCAUUUUGAGACAAAGCAAAGUGAACAUUUUAGAAAACGUCUUAAUGAAAUCGGGUAAAGGCACAGAACAACCCCAAAAAAAAACGGAAGUCGAGAAGGAUACUUCAGAUGCCGAAAACAAGGUAGUUAGAUCUGUAUAUAUUAUAUUAUAAA